AUGGCGGGGGUUAAGGAGCUGCGGGAGGGAGAGUUGCCUGGCAAGCUCAUGUCUGCAAAGGUCAAAACACGGAAGGAGAGGACCAUGAUUACAUCAUUGCAAUGGAAGGGAACGGAGCGUAAGGACUCAAGAGGGAUACUGGAAGCUGCCUCAGAGUUUUACACGGAGCUGUUCUCAGAGCCUACCUCAACCACGGACAGUACCUUCUGGACGGUUGCUCUGGACAGGAAGCUGGGUGAAGAGCAAUCGCAGCUGCUGGUGGAAGACUGGUCAGAAGCGGAGGUGAAGGAGGCUCUUGACGGUAUGGCGAAAGGCAAGUCCCCCGGUGCUGACGGAAUCCCGAAGGAGUUCUUCAGUCAGCAUUGGGACUCGCUGGGGGGUGAUGUGCUCGGUUUCGCGAAGCGGUUCGAGGAAACGGCCGUUCUUCCUCCCGCGGCUUUGGAGGCGGUCACUGUCCUGCUGCACAAGAAAGGCGCGAAGGACCAGGUGCAGAACUACCGGCCGAUCACGCUGCUCAACAGCACGUACAAGCUGGUAGCGCGUGUAUUGGCAAACAGGAUGCGGAAAGUGCUGCACAAGGUCAUUUCAGAGGAGCAAUACGGGUUCUUACCGGGAAGAAGGCUGGCGGACGGUGUCUCACUGAUCGCGGACAUCGUCGAUGCGGCGAAGUGCAAAAACGCGGAUUGGUAUUUACUUCUGGUAGAUUUCCAGAAGGCCUUCGAUUCUGUUUCUCGCGAAUACCUCUUCGGCACGAUGGAGAGGAUGGUUUUCCCGCGGAAAUUCGUGAGGUGGUGCGAGGGUCUCCAUGCAGGAUCGACGACGAGACUGCUGCUGAACGGCUGGCUGGGGGAGCCGGUGGCGGUCAAGAAGGGGGUGCGGCAGGGCUGUCCGCUGGCGCCCUACCUUUUCCUCUGCGCGGUGGAGCCUCUCUGCCAGGAAGCAAUAAGGAGGAAGUUGGGUAUAAGUAAUCCGUUCGGUGAUCGCCUUGCGUACCUUGGGUAUGCCGAUGACACCACGCUGGUGCUCCAAGGGAAAAGGCAGAUUGGCCGGGCGGUGAAGCUGCUGGAUGAGUUUGGUGAUAAGUCGGGGCUUCGCGUGAAUAUCGACAAGUCUGCUCUCCUUCCCCUGGGGAAGAACCUGCUCAAGAAAUCGGACAAGUCAUCAGGCUUCAAAUGGGUGCGAUCAAACGAAGCGGAAAGGGUUCUAGGGGUGUGGAUCUCACCUUCGGGGGACGCGUCGGUGACUUGGGAAAUUACUCUGUCACGGGCAACGGCGGAGCUGGUGAAAUGGCAAAUACAUUACCUGACGACGUCCGGCAGGGUCGCGGUGGUUAACGGGUACAUUAUUCCAAUCCUCGCCUUUCAGGCGCAGGUUUACCCUCCUCCUGCGGAAAUCUGGGCGAAGCUGGUGAAGCUGCUGCAUAAUUUCGUCACGGGCAACCAUUCAACGGCAGGGAAGCAUUUUGCUCUCUGGAGCCAGGAGUUGCUGUUCAAAGCGAGAGGGGAAGGCGGGCUCGGUGUCCGGGACCCGUGUGCUGAACUGGGUGGCCUGGCGGCCAGGAGGACAGCGCUACUGGCAUCACAACCACUGGGUCUGCGUGCCGACCUCGCGCUCACGGCUCUGGAUGUUCCGGACCUGCAGGUUUUUUGGGCUCACGCGGGGCUGAUGAAGCAGUGGGCAGGUCGGUAUGGAGCGAAGCUGGCGAUGAGGAUUUUUGAUGCGGCUCCAAACGAGUGGAAGCAGAUGCUUAUGGCGCCUGUCACGGCGCGCACGGUGCUCACUGUUUCUAAGUUCGUGCUCAAGGCGGGGACGAGUUACGGUGUCUGGAGGAUUGAGUGUGUAGAGGGCGAAACCCUCGUCUGCCGUGCCAUCAGAUGCUUCCGGGGGGUCUUGGAGGAAGCAGAGGAGAGGACGCACAACUUUCUGCCGCAUGAGGUGGUGCCUGCUGUGGUCAGGGAGGGGCGGCUGCUUGGUCCUGCGGGUGGUCCCAGGGCAAGAUUGUUGUGCUCCCCCAUCUGGGAGGGGGAUCGGCCAGCGCAGCUGAAGCAACUCAAGGAGGGUUUCAGGCGGUUUGGCGGAAAACCAAAGCAGCAGAGCACGUGGGAGGAAUCCCUCGGCCGUCCGAUUGACUGGGGGAGGGUGAUCGGGGUAAGGGACUCGCCUGCUCUUCCAAAUCGUGCACGUGACGUGAUGCUCCGGAUCCACAGCCGGAACCUGCAGGUGGGGGAACGGUUACACUUUCUGGGCGCUGGGGUCGCCUGCCCCCACUGCGGGGAGAAAGAGACGCUGGAACAUGGACUGUUUCUCUGCUCGCGCAUUCAGCCGGUGGUUCGGGCACUGUUGAAGGCGCUCCGUAUUACCUUCUGGACGGUUGCUCUGGACAGGAAGCUGGGUGAAGAGCAAUCGCAGCUGCUGGUGGAAGACUGGUCAGAAGCGGAGGUGAAGGAGGCUCUUGACGGUAUGGCGAAAGGCAAGUCCCCCGGUGCUGACGGAAUCCCGAAGGAGUUCUUCAGUCAGCAUUGGGACUCGCUGGGGGGUGAUGUGCUCGGUUUCGCGAAGCGGUUCGAGGAAACGGCCGUUCUUCCUCCCGCGGCUUUGGAGGCGGUCACUGUCCUGCUGCACAAGAAAGGCGCGAAGGACCAGGUGCAGAACUACCGGCCGAUCACGCUGCUCAACAGCACGUACAAGCUGGUAGCGCGUGUAUUGGCAAACAGGAUGCGGAAAGUGCUGCACAAGGUCAUUUCAGAGGAGCAAUACGGGUUCUUACCGGGAAGAAGGCUGGCGGACGGUGUCUCACUGAUCGCGGACAUCGUCGAUGCGGCGAAGUGCAAAAACGCGGAUUGGUAUUUACUUCUGGUAGAUUUCCAGAAGGCCUUCGAUUCUGUUUCUCGCGAAUACCUCUUCGGCACGAUGGAGAGGAUGGUUUUCCCGCGGAAAUUCGUGAGGUGGUGCGAGGGUCUCCAUGCAGGAUCGACGACGAGACUGCUGCUGAACGGCUGGCUGGGGGAGCCGGUGGCGGUCAAGAAGGGGGUGCGGCAGGGCUGUCCGCUGGCGCCCUACCUUUUCCUCUGCGCGGUGGAGCCUCUCUGCCAGGAAGCAAUAAGGAGGAAGUUGGGUAUAAGUAAUCCGUUCGGUGAUCGCCUUGCGUACCUUGGGUAUGCCGAUGACACCACGCUGGUGCUCCAAGGGAAAAGGCAGAUUGGCCGGGCGGUGAAGCUGCUGGAUGAGUUUGGUGAUAAGUCGGGGCUUCGCGUGAAUAUCGACAAGUCUGCUCUCCUUCCCCUGGGGAAGAACCUGCUCAAGAAAUCGGACAAGUCAUCAGGCUUCAAAUGGGUGCGAUCAAACGAAGCGGAAAGGGUUCUAGGGGUGUGGAUCUCACCUUCGGGGGACGCGUCGGUGACUUGGGAAAUUACUCUGUCACGGGCAACGGCGGAGCUGGUGAAAUGGCAAAUACAUUACCUGACGACGUCCGGCAGGGUCGCGGUGGUUAACGGGUACAUUAUUCCAAUCCUCGCCUUUCAGGCGCAGGUUUACCCUCCUCCUGCGGAAAUCUGGGCGAAGCUGGUGAAGCUGCUGCAUAAUUUCGUCACGGGCAACCAUUCAACGGCAGGGAAGCAUUUUGCUCUCUGGAGCCAGGAGUUGCUGUUCAAAGCGAGAGGGGAAGGCGGGCUCGGUGUCCGGGACCCGUGUGCUGAACUGGGUGGCCUGGCGGCCAGGAGGACAGCGCUACUGGCAUCACAACCACUGGGUCUGCGUGCCGACCUCGCGCUCACGGCUCUGGAUGUUCCGGACCUGCAGGUUUUUUGGGCUCACGCGGGGCUGAUGAAGCAGUGGGCAGGUCGGUAUGGAGCGAAGCUGGCGAUGAGGAUUUUUGAUGCGGCUCCAAACGAGUGGAAGCAGAUGCUUAUGGCGCCUGUCACGGCGCGCACGGUGCUCACUGUUUCUAAGUUCGUGCUCAAGGCGGGGACGAGUUACGGUGUCUGGAGGAUUGAGUGUGUAGAGGGCGAAACCCUCGUCUGCCGUGCCAUCAGAUGCUUCCGGGGGGUCUUGGAGGAAGCAGAGGAGAGGACGCACAACUUUCUGCCGCAUGAGGUGGUGCCUGCUGUGGUCAGGGAGGGGCGGCUGCUUGGUCCUGCGGGUGGUCCCAGGGCAAGAUUGUUGUGCUCCCCCAUCUGGGAGGGGGAUCGGCCAGCGCAGCUGAAGCAACUCAAGGAGGGUUUCAGGCGGUUUGGCGGAAAACCAAAGCAGCAGAGCACGUGGGAGGAAUCCCUCGGCCGUCCGAUUGACUGGGGGAGGGUGAUCGGGGUAAGGGACUCGCCUGCUCUUCCAAAUCGUGCACGUGACGUGAUGCUCCGGAUCCACAGCCGGAACCUGCAGGUGGGGGAACGGUUACACUUUCUGGGCGCUGGGGUCGCCUGCCCCCACUGCGGGGAGAAAGAGACGCUGGAACAUGGACUGUUUCUCUGCUCGCGCAUUCAGCCGGUGGUUCGGGCACUGUUGAAGGCGCUCCGUAUGUUAAAUCCGCAUCGGAAAAUUGAAUCUCUGGGUGACGUGGUCUUCAGGAAGGAGGGGACAGCUUCGGGAUUCCCCGAGGCUACGAUCACAGCAAUCGCGUUCCACCGAAUUUGGGUUGAAAGGUGUGACGCAGUUUUCGAGCGCAGCAAAUUCCGGGCGAGGAGGGCUCUGCGGAGGAUUGCGGCGUCCUUUCAGCUGCAUGUCAGGAUCUACAAGCGUGCUAAGGCAGUGUCUAAGAGGCUCGGUGCCAUUCGUCCUGGUCUGGAUGAUGACGAGUGCCGGGUUUUGGGCCGUAUCAUGGACAACUCAGCUCAACCAGCCACGUGGUCCAAGGGCUUCAUGGCCAUCUGGUCGAACCCGAGGGCUGCUUUCCGCCCCCCUUAG